AUGGUGGUCCACUUCGACGAUCCUGAUCCUCUUUAUCCUCUUCCUCCUCUUAAUGAGAUACCGGAUGAUGAUGCUGACAAGCCAAAUGACACGUACAAGCUGGUAACUCACAUGCUCGACAUUUCGGCCCUUGUGCUGACUCUCGAUUAUCAGACUACGACGUCGAAUGGCUUCCCUGCUGUCAUCUUUGGUACUGCUACGUUUUCCCGCAUCUAUAACGACGCCCAUCAUAUCUCCGGAGUAACACCAUUACGGGCUGCCAGACUGGCUCUACGCUAUGGUAUGAAUGUGUUCGAUACUGCGCCAUUUUAUGGGGAUUCCGAGAUCAUCCUCGGGAACGCUCUUCGUGCUUUGAGGCGUGAAUUCCCUCGUGAUUCGUACACGUUGGUCACUAAAGUCGGCCGCUAUCCUACUGAAUUCGAUUAUGCCCCUGAAGCUAUCGAAAGCAGUAUCGCGCGCAGUCUUCGGCGCUUGCAUACCAGCUACUUUGACAUCGUAUACUUGCAUGAUGUCGAAUUCAUUGCGGACGAAAAGCUCGCGAGAAGAGGAGGAAACCAUGUUGAUGCUCUGGGGGAAGAGAGGGAACAAUACGGGUUGGAUGAAAGUCAGGAGGGCGAGGCUUAUACGGAAAAGGAUCACAAAGUUUUGUCCGCUGUGAAGAAGCUUUUUGAGCUGCGAGAUGAAAGGGGUGUUAUCAAGCGAGUCGGGAUCAGCGGCUUCCCACUUCCAACCCUCCUGCGUAUCGCAAUUCUCAUCCAGAAGCGCCUCGGGAAGCCGGUGGACCUCGUGAUGUCCUACUGCCACCUCACCUUGCAGAAUAGCACGCUCGAGCAAUUCAAAUCCGCAUUUGGGGCACGCGCAGGAGUGAAGCAAGUUAUCGCCGCCUCGCCGAUAGCCAUGGCUCUCUUGCGGCCUUCGCGCUCUCUGGAUUGGCACCCGGCGCCACUCGAGGUUAGAGAGGCUGCGCAGAGGGCUGCGCAGCUCAGUCAGGAGUGGGAUGCGCCUGAGACUGGUCUUCCCGACUUGGCGCUGCAGUAUACGUUUGCACGAGCGAGGGAGAUCGGGGUGCCCGUUGCAGUAGGGCUUAGCACGCUUGAGGAGGUCCACGCGAGUGUAAAGGCUUGGCAUGAAGUGGAUGCUGAGGGGUUCACGACGAAGGAAGAGUGGGUUGCCCGUGUUAAGACCGUACAGGACCUGUUCAGGGAUGUGCAAAUGCUGGACUACUCUUGGGCGACACCUUGA